ACAUCCGCAUAGCUUGACAGAGGGGGGACGUUGUCAGACUGGAUCGGUCUCUCCAUCCCGAACAAGAGAGAGGCAGCUUUUAGUUAACUCUAUAUACCUGGCGAACAGUAGGCCCUUUUAAACGAGGACAUACACUACUUUUUAAAUUACAGGACAUAGCAGUGCUGGGGAGCUGAACCGGCCUUAACAUGAAGACGCGACAGCUAGUUGGAUUGGUCUAUUUGCUAGCUGUAUAUUCCAGUUCAUGCUUGGCGUUUUAUCUUCCGGGUUUAGCUCCAGUGAGUUUUUGUCCAAAAGACGAAAACAAUCUCAAAGAUUGCCAGACGCAAAUCGAGUUGUUCGUCAAUCGUUUGGACUCGGUGGAGUCUGUUCUGCCUUAUGAGUAUGACGUGUUCGACUUCUGCAAGGAUGACCAUGAGAAGAGACCAUCUGAGAACCUGGGACAGGUGCUGUUUGGUGAGAGAAUUGAAUCUUCCCCUUACAAGUUUGGCUUUAAAGAAGAUCUAAAAUGCAACAAGGUGUGCACAAAGAGUUACAAGGCAGGCAACAAAGAUGAUGCAGCAAAGUUGGAAUUUCUCAAGAUGGGAAUGCAGCUGAACUAUCAGCAUCACUGGAUAAUUGACAACAUGCCGGUAACAUGGUGCUAUGAUGUUGAAGAUGGGCAAAAAUACUGCAACCCUGGCUUCCCCAUUGGCUGUCUCGUCACAGCAGAUGGUAGAGCAAAAGAUGCCUGUGUAAUUAAUUCUGAAUUCAACAAGAAAAACACAUAUUAUGUCUUCAACCAUGUGGAAAUAAAGAUCACUUACCAUAGUGGAGACAAAGAAGGAGGCUGGGAAGGAGCUCGCCUGGUUGGUGCCACCCUUGAACCCAAGAGCUUUAAACAAGCUGAUGAAAAAAACCUAAACUGUGAAUCAGGGAACCCGAUGGAAGUCCCAGUAGAGUUUAAAGAAGAUGUAUCAAUAGUUUACACCUACUCUGUAACAUUUGAGGAAAAUAAUCAAAUCAAAUGGGCUUCUCGAUGGGACUACAUCUUGGUCUCCAUGCCUCACACAAACAUCCAGUGGUUCAGUAUCAUGAAUUCCUUGGUCAUUGUGCUUUUCCUGUCUGGAAUGGUUGCCAUGAUAAUGCUGAGAACCCUGCACAAGGAUAUUGCCCGAUACAAUCAGGUGGAUCAGGGAGACUUGAUAAGGCUUACACCAUCCAAGGACAAAUCUUCUCUUCCUUAUGAGGAUGCACAGGAGGAGUCCGGAUGGAAGCAAGUGCAUGGAGAUGUCUUCCGUCCUCCCAGGAAAGGGAUGUUGCUCUCUGUGUUCCUUGGACAAGGCACCCAGAUCUUCAUCAUGACCUUCAUCACACUCUUCCUGGCCUGUCUUGGAUUCCUGUCUCCUGCCAACAGAGGGGCCCUGAUGACAUGCGCUGUGGUGCUCUGGGUACUGCUGGGCACACCUGCUGGCUAUGUGUCUGCACGUCUUUACAAAACUUUUGGAGGUGAAAAGUGGAAGACAAACGUCUUGCUGACAGCACUCCUAUGCCCAGGGAUUGUAUUUGCUGACUUUUUCCUGAUGAACCUGAUCCUGUGGGUGGAGGGUUCCUCUGCUGCAAUCCCAUUUGGUACUCUGGUGGCCAUUUUGGCCAUGUGGUUUGGAAUUUCUGUACCCCUCACUUUUGUCGGUGCCUACUUUGGAUUCAAGAAACCUGCGAUAGAACAACCAGUGAGGACAAAUCAAAUCCCCAGGCAAAUUCCUGAGCAGUCCUUCUUCACUAAACCUAUCCCUGGUAUUGUGAUGGGCGGGAUCCUUCCCUUUGGUUGCAUCUUCAUCCAACUGUUCUUCAUCCUCAACAGCAUUUGGUCUCAUCAGAUGUACUACAUGUUUGGGUUCCUGUUCCUGGUUUUCAUUAUUCUCCUGAUUACCUGCUCGGAGGCCACAAUUCUGCUGUGUUACUUCCACCUGUGUGCUGAGGACUAUCAUUGGUGGUGGCGUUCAUUCCUGACCAGCGGUUUCACAGCAGUCUAUCUCUUCAUCUAUGCUGUGCACUACUUCUUCUCAAAGCUGCAAAUAAUUGGCGCGGCCAGCACCAUCCUGUACUUUGGUUACACUAUGAUUAUGGUUCUCAUCUUCUUCCUCUUCACAGGAACAAUUGGCUUCUUCGCUUGCUUCUGGUUUGUAAAUAAGAUCUACAGUGUGGUGAAAGUGGACUAGAGGACUGAGCAAGGACUGAUACCUAGCUGCCACAGAGCUGGGCUCCUCAGUGAUGCCUGUGUAAUAAAGUUGUCUAAACGGACCUGAACUGAAACCGUCACACAUAAAAAAAAAAAGAUAAUACUUACAGAGUCCUUUUUGUGCUUUAAACCUCUUUUGCUUUUUUUUUUUUUUAUAAAUAUAUAUAUAUAUAAUAUUGUUUCACUGUCAACUUGUAGUACUCUGAAUGGCGCCUUGAAAAUCAACAAGGGUUCCAGUGAGCCAUUUGUUUUACUUUAAUUUUCUAAAGGAAGUCAGAUAUUUUAGUUGGUUUUUCUAUUCUUUCAUGGAUAAAUGCUCUCUUUUUUUUGUUUUGUUGCUUUUUUCAAUGCCUGUUCUGUAAUGAUUUGGAAAACAGAAUGUGUACAUAUGUUAUAUAAAGAGGGAGAGUGAGAAUACUUCUUAAAAGCGGUCACCACCGUUUUCUGCAUUUUCUUUUCUUUUUCUAGGUGUGAAUUGGGUUAAAAUUCAUUGAACAUCAAAUUGUAAUGUAGUCUAAACAUGUAAAACACUGACGCUGGUUUCACAAAUUUUGUUCUUAAUUUAAGAUUUUGUAGGGUAGAAGGGUGAAGCCUGUCAGUGGCUAAAGCCUGUAACAUAUUAAGGAUCUGUCCAUGUGUACGGCAGCAGAAAAGACUCAAACGUGAUUGCAAUGCAGACCAUGAGGAUACUUGUAUGCUUCCUAGAGAUUCAUCGCUUAAUGAUCUAAAGUGGUUUGUUACACUUACUUAAAUUAAACACCAUUGCUGUAUGCUUCAGGCCGUGGGAAGUGUUCAUCAGAGGUGAAAACUUUACAAAUAAAUGUAAUCAAAUCAAAGGGGAAA